AUAAAGGUUGAGAAAUAAUCUCAGCGAGGAGGGGUUUGACCGAGAGAAGGCAGGACUGCAUCUUGCUACGGUACACAUCCAAGUCUGGCAGCUUGCAAUGAAACAGUAGCGGAUUGUCAGCUGUAAAUAUCUGCAGAUAUCCUCAGCUGCAUCACCCCUAGCAAUAAGGUGUAGACGUCGCGUGCCGCCCACCACCUGCCAAGAUGGUGGCGCUCUCGCUGAAGAUCUGUGUCCGACAGUGCAAUGUGGUGAAGACCAUGCAGUUUGAGCCGUCCACUGCUGUCUACGACGCCUGCAGGAUCAUCAGGGAGAGGGUCCCCGAGGCCCAGGCAGGACAGGCCUCUGAUUACGGCCUCUUCCUCUCAGAUGACGAUCCCAGGAAAGGGAUCUGGCUGGAAUCAGGAAGAACCCUGGACUAUUACAUGCUCCGGAAUGGGGACAUCCUAGAGUACAAGAAGAAACAGAGACCUCAGCGGAUUAAAAUGCUGGAUGGCGCCAUAAAAACCAUCAUGGUUGAUGACUCCAAAACCGUGGGCGAGCUGCUUGUAACUAUAUGCAGUAGAAUAGGAAUCACCAACUACGAGGAGUACUCGCUGAUCCAGGAGCAGCCCGAGGAGAAGCGGGAGGAUGGCACGGGGACGCUGAGGAAAGACAGGACCCUGCUGAGAGACGAGAGGAAGAUGGAGAAACUCAAAGCCAAGCUCCACACAGAUGAUGACUUGAACUGGCUGGACCACAGUCGGACGUUUCGGGAGCAGGGUGUGGACGAGAGUGAGACUCUGCUGCUCCGGCGCAAGUUCUUCUACUCGGACCAGAACGUGGACUCCCGGGACCCAGUACAGCUCAAUCUGCUCUAUGUACAGGCCCGGGAUGACAUCCUGAAUGGCUCCCACCCUGUGUCUUUCGAUAAAGCCUGUGAGUUCGGAGGAAUUCAGGCCCAGAUCCAGUUCGGACCACAUGUGGAACACAAACACAAGCCAGGAUUUUUGGACCUGAAGGAGUUUCUACCUAAAGAGUAUAUUAAGCAGAGAGGGGCUGAAAAGAAGAUUUUUCAGGAGCACAAAAGCUGCGGGGAAAUGAACGAGAUAGAAGCCAAAGUGAAAUACGUGAAGUUGGCACGAUCCCUCCGAACGUACGGUGUGUCCUUCUUCCUGGUCAAGGAAAAAAUGAAAAGCAAAAAUAAGCUUGUCCCACGGUUGCUGGGUAUUACCAAAGAGUCUGUGAUGCGAGUGGAUGAGAAGACCAAAGACGUGGUGCAGGAGUGGCCCCUGACCACAGUGAAGAGAUGGGCUGCCUCGCCCAAGAGCUUCACCCUGGAUUUUGGUGAGUACCAGGAGAGCUACUACUCAGUCCAGACAACGGAAGGGGAGCAGAUCUCACAGCUAAUCGCAGGAUACAUCGAUAUCAUCCUUAAAAAGAAGCAAAGUAAGGAUCGUUUUGGUUUAGAGGGUGACGAGGAAUCCACCAUGCUGGAGGAAUCAGUCUCUCCAAAGAAGUCCACCAUUCUGCAGCAGCAGUUUAACCGUGUGGGUCGCGUGGAACACGGCUCCGUGGCGCUGCCCGCUGUCAUGCGAUCGGGCUCUGUUGGGCCAGAGUCCUUCAAUACGGGCACCAUGCCCUCUGCCCAGCAGCAGGUCACCAUGGGCCAGAUGCAUCGUGGACACAUGCCCCCGCUGAGCUCAGCCCAGCAGGCUCUUAUGGGCACCAUUAACACCAGUAUGCAGGCUGUGCAGCAGGCGCAGGCAGACCUCGGUGAAGUGGACACCCUGCCCCCUCUGGGACAGGACAUGGCAUCCAGGGUUUGGAUCCAGAACAAAGUGGACGAGUCCAAGCACGAAAUUCACUCCCAGGUGGAUGCUAUCACUGCGGGAACAGCAUCUGUUGUCAAUCUCACUGCAGGUGACCCAACAGACACCGACUACACUGCAGUGGGUUGUGCCAUCUCCACCAUCUCCUCUAACCUGACGGAGAUGUCCAAGGGCGUGAAGCUGCUCGCGGCGCUGGUGGAGGACGAUGUGGGCAGCGGGCAGGACCUCAUGCGGGCCGCCAGGACCCUGGCAGGGGCCGUGUCCGACCUUCUGAAAGCUGUGGAGCCUGCUUCUGGUGAGCCUCGGCAGACGGUGCUAACUGCCGCGGGCAGUAUCGGUCAGGCCAGCGGAGACCUGCUUCGGCAAAUUGGGGAGAGCGAGACCGACGAGCGAUUCCAGGACGUUCUGAUGAACCUGGCCAAAGCAGUGGCCAACGCAGCUGCCAUGCUGGUCCUGAAGGCCAAGAACGUGGCACAGGUGGCAGAGGACACGGUGCUGCAGAACAGGGUCAUCGCGGCCGCCACUCAGUGUGCCCUCUCGACCUCACAGCUGGUGGCCUGUGCCAAGGUGGUGAGCCCCACCAUCAGCUCACCUGUGUGCCAGGAGCAGCUGGUGGAGGCAGGGAAGCUGGUGGACCGCUCGGUGGAGGGCUGUGUGAAGGCCUGCCACUCGGCCACCGACGACGGUGAGCUGCUGAGGCAGGUGAGCGCAGCCGCUAGCGUGGUCAGCCAGGCACUCAGCGACCUGCUGCAGCACGUCCGCCACUACGCCAGCCGCGGGGAGCCCAUCGGCCGCUACGACCAGGCCACCGACACCAUCAUGACUGUCACAGAGAACAUCUUCAGCUCCAUGGGCGACGCUGGGGAGAUGGUCCGGCAGGCCAGGGUACUGGCACAGGCCACCUCUGACCUGGUGAACGCCAUGAGAUCCGAUGCUGAGGCGGAAAUUGACGUGGACAACUCCAAGAAGCUGCUCGCCGCAGCUAAACUGCUAGCUGAUGCCACGGCCAGGAUGGUCGAGGCUGCAAAGGGGGCCGCAGCAUACCCGGAGAAUGAGGACCAGCAGCAAAGGCUGAGGGAGGCGGCGGAGGGGCUGCGUGUCGCCACCAACGCUGCAGCUCAGAACGCUAUCAAGAAGAAGCUCAUCAACAGGUUAGAGAACGCCGCCAAGCAGGCUGCAGCCGCAACCACACAGACCAUCGCUGCUUCCCAAAACGCUGCUGCCUCCAACAAGAACACCGCCGCUCACCAGCAGCUGGUGCAAAGCUGUAAGGCAGUGGCAGACCACAUUCCUCAGCUGGUUCAGGGAGUGCGGGGCAGCCAAGCCCAGCCAGAGGACCUCAGUUGCCAGCUCACACUCAUCAUCGCUAGCCAAAACUUUCUCCAGCCCGGAAGUAAAAUGGUGACGUCCGCAAAAUCGGCAGUUCCCACGGUGGCCGACCAGGCAGCGGCUAUGCAGCUAGGCCAGUGUGCCAAGAACCUGGCCACCAGUCUGGCAGAGCUGCGGACAGCAACACAGAAGGCCCACGAAGCUUGCGGCCCAAUGGAAAUAGACUCAGCUCUCACUUCAGUCCAAACACUGAAGAAUGAACUCCAAGAUGCCAAGAUGGCUGCCUCUGAAGGGCAGCUGAAACCUCUGCCUGGAGAAUCGCUGGAGAAGUGUGCCCAGGACCUGGGGAGCACCUCCAAGGCUGUGGGCUCCUCUAUGGCUCAGCUACUCACCUGUGCUGCGCAGGGCAAUGAGCACUACACAGGUGUGGCCGCCAGAGAGACCGCACAAGCUCUGAAGGCUCUGGCCCAAUCGGCGCGGGGCGUGGCCGCCUCCACCACUGACCCCCAGUCUGCGGCGGCCAUGUUGGACUCCGCCCGUGACGUCAUGGAGGGCUCCGCCAUGCUGAUCCAUGAGGCCAAGCAGGCCCUCAUCGCUCCAGGCGAUGCCGAAAGUCAGCAGAGACUAGCACAGGUGGCCAAGGCUGUUUCCCACUCCUUGAAUAACUGUGUGAACUGCCUGCCUGGACAGAAGGAUGUGGACAUGGCCUUAAAGCGCAUUGGGGAGUCCAGCAAGAAGCUCCUAAUGGACACUCUCCCUCCCUGCACCAAGUCUUUCCAGGAGGCCCAAAGUGACCUGAACCAGAUGGCUGCUGACCUCAACCAGUCCGCCGGGGAGGUGGUGUAUGCCACCCGGGGCUCCAGCAGCCAGCUGGCUGUGGCUUCCAGGAAGUUCAGUGAGGACUUUGACAAGUUCCUGGAGGCUGGCGUUGAAAUGGCGGGACACACUCAGAGCAAAGAGGACCAGAUUCAGGUGAUUGGGAACCUGAAGAGCAUCUCCAUGGCUUCCAGCAAGCUGCUCCUGGCUGCUAAGUCGCUCUCGGUGGAUCCCGGAGCAGCCAACGCCAAGAACCUCCUGGCCGCUGCAGCCAGGGCGGUGACGGAGAGCAUUAAUCAGCUAAUCACACUGUGUACCCAGCAAGCCCCAGGGCAGAAGGAGUGUGACAACGCUCUCCGAGAGCUGGAGGCGGUGAAAGGAAUGCUGGACAACCGUAAUGAACCAGUCAACGACCUCUCCUACUUCGACUGCAUUGAGAGCGUGAUGGAAAACUCUAAGGUGCUGGGAGAGUCCAUGGCAGGAAUGUCUCAGAACUGCAAGACGGGUGAUGUGCCCGCGUUUGGGGAAUGCGUGUCCACGGCUUCCAAGGCCCUGUGUGGUUUGACUGAGGCAGCAGGGCAGGCCUCUUACUUGGUAGGCGUGUCUGACCCCAACAGCCAGGCGGGUCACGAAGGGCUGGUGGACCCCAUCCAGUUUGCUCGCGCUAAUCAAGCCAUCCAGAUGGCCUGCCAGAACCUGGUGGAUCCUGCCAGCAGCCCAUCCCAAGUGUUGUCUGCAGCCACGAUCGUAGCCAAGCACACCUCGGCCCUCUGCAAUGCCUGCCGCCUGGCGUCCUCCAAAACCAGCAACCCCGUGGCAAGGAGACACUUUGUCCAGUCGGCCAAAGAGGUUGCCAACAGUACAGCCAACCUGGUGAAGACAAUAAAGGCCCUGGACGGGGACUUUUCAGAGGAGAAUAGAGACCGCUGCCGUGUUGCCACUGCUCCACUUAUCGAGGCUGUAGAGAACCUGACGACUUUCUCCUCAAACCCAGAGUUUGCCAGUGUUCCUGCACAGAUCAGCAAUGAGGGCUCAGCCGCUCAGCAGCCCAUCCUGAGCUCAGCAAGCGCCAUGCUGGACAGCUCCACAGAGCUCCUCAAGACUGCCCGCUCGCUCGUCAUCAACCCCAAGGACCCGCCCACCUGGUCCAUCCUGGCUGCCCACUCCCGCACCGUGUCCGACUCCAUCAAAAGCCUAAUCACUGCUAUCAGGGACAAAGCCCCUGGACAGAGGGAGUGCGACUACUCCAUUGACAACAUAAAUAAGUGUAUCCGGGACAUCGAGCAGGCAUCCCUAGCUGCUGUGAGCCAGAGCCUGCCCACUCGGGAUGACAUCUCCCUGGAGGCUUUGCAAGACCAGCUGACAUCUGCAGUUCAGGAAAUUGGCCAUCUUGUCGACCCCAUCUCAACAGCAGCAAGGGGAGAAGCCGCCCAGCUGGGGCACAAGGUGACUCAGCUGGCCAGCUACUUCGAACCCCUCAUCGUGGCCUCUGUGGGCAUGGCAUCUAAGCUUCUGGACCACCAGCAGCAGAUGAUCGUGCUGGAUCAGACCAAGACCCUGGCCGAGUCCGCCCUGCAGAUGCUGUAUGCAGCCAAAGAGGGAGGAGGGAACCCCAAGGCAGCGCACACCCACGAUGCCAUCGCUGAGGCGGCCCAGCUGAUGAGGGAGGCUGUGGAUGACAUCAUGGUGACCCUGAACGAGGCAGCCAGUGAGGGCGGAAUGGUGGGUGGCAUGGUGGAGUCCAUUGCAGAGGCCAUGGGCAGGCUGGAUGAAGGCACACCUCCGGAACCAGAGGGGUCCUUUGUGGAUUAUCAGACAACGAUGGUGAAAUACUCCAAAGCCAUCGCAGUCACCUCCCAGGAGAUGAUGGCCAAGUCUGUGACCAGUCCAGAGGAGCUGGGUGGCCUGGCCUCCCAGGUGACCGCAGAUUACGGUCAGCUGGCGCUCCAGGGUCGUAUGGCAGCUGCCACCGCAGAGCCAGAGGAGAUCGGGUUCCAGAUAAAGACGCGGGUCCAGGAGCUGGGACACGGCUGCAUCUUCCUGGUCCAGAAGGCAGGAGCCCUGCAGGUCACCCCCACGGACAGCUUCACCAAGAGGGAGCUCAUCGAGUGUGCCCGGGCAGUCACUGAGAAGGUUUCCAUGGUGUUGUCAGCCCUGCAGGCCGGAAACAAGGGGACUCAGGCCUGCAUAACGGCAGCUAGUGCCGUCUCGGGGAUUAUCGCUGACCUGGACACCACCAUCAUGUUUGCCUCUGCCGGCACGCUCAACGCAGAGAAUGAGGAGACCUUUGCUGACCACAGGGAAAACAUCCUAAAGACCGCCAAGGCCCUGGUGGAGGACACCAAGAUGCUGGUGGCUGGAGCAGCUUCCAGUCAGGAAAAACUGGCCCAGGCUGCCCAGUCCUCUGCCAAGACCAUCACGCAGCUGACUGACGUUGUCAAGCUGGGGUCAGCCAGCAUCGGAUCAGAUGAUCCAGAAACACAGGUGGUGUUAAUAAACGCAGUAAAGGACGUGGCCAAGGCGCUGGCAGAGCUGAUCGGAGCCACAAAAUGUGCAGCGGGAAAGCCCGCCGAUGACCCGUCCAUGUACCAGCUGAAGAGUGCUGCCAAGGUGAUGGUGACGAACGUGACGUCGCUUCUGAAGACGGUGAAGGCCGUGGAGGAUGAGGCCACUCGCGGGACGAGGGCGCUGGAGGCCACCAUUGAGUGUAUCAAGCAGGAGCUGACGGUGUUCCAGUCCAAGGAUGCUCCAGAGCAGUCUACGACUCCGGAGGAGUUCAUCCGCAUGACAAAGGGCAUCACCACAGCAACAGCCAAAGCAGUGGCAGCUGGCAACUCCACCCGGCAAGAGGACGUGAUCUCCACAGCCAACCUCAGCCGCAAAGCCAUCACUGACAUGUUGACCACCUGCAAGCAAGCCGCGUACCACCAGGAGGUGAGCGAGGACGUCCGAGACAGGGCCCUGCUCUUCGGGAAAGAAUGCACAGCCGGCUACAUCCAGCUUCUAGAGCAUGUGUUACUGGUCCUGCAGAAGCCCACAGCGGAGCAGAAACAGCAGCUGUCCGUGUUCUCUAAACGUGUGGCGAGUGCUGUCACUGAGCUCAUCCAGGUAGCCGAGGCCAUGAAAGAUGGAGGCACAGAGUGGGUAGACCCGGAAGACCCCACAGUGAUAGCAGAGACAGAACUUUUGGGGGCUGCAGCAUCCAUUGAGGCAGCGGCAAAGAAACUGGAACAGCUCAAACCCAGAGCCAAGCCGAAGCAAGCAGAUGAGACCUUGGAUUUUGAGGAACAGAUCCUGGAGGCAGCUAAAUCCAUCGCUGCGGCAACCAGCGCCCUGGUGAAGUCAGCGUCAGCAGCACAGAGGGAGCUGGUCGCACAGGGCAAGGUGGGGUCCAUUCCUGCUAAUGCCGUGGACGAUGGCCAAUGGUCCCAGGGCCUCAUCUCUGCUGCACGCAUGGUUGCGGCCGCGACCAGCAACCUUUGCGAGGCGGCCAACGCCUCGGUCCAGGGCCACGCCAGCGAGGAGAAGCUCAUCUCUUCAGCCAAGCAGGUGGCCGCCUCCACGGCCCAGCUCUUGGUGGCCUGCAAGGUGAAGGCUGACCAGGACUCCGAGGCCAUGAGGAGACUGCAGGCUGCGGGAAACGCCGUGAAGCGGGCGUCCGAUAAUCUAGUGAGAGCAGCCCAGAAGGCGGCCUUCGACAAGGCGGAUGAUGACAAUGUGGUGGUGAAGACCAAGUUUGUGGGAGGAAUCGCUCAGAUCAUUGCAGCCCAGGAGGAGAUGCUGCGGAAGGAGAGAGAGUUGGAGGAGGCCCGGAAGAAGUUGGCCCAGAUCCGCCAGCAGCAGUACAAAUUCCUGCCCACCGAGCUGAGGGAGGAUGGGAACUGAGCCUGAGCUCCACUCCAACU